UACCGCUGUAUAGACUUGGCCUCAGAUGAGGCAUUUGCGCUAAAAGUUGUCUUCGCUAGGGAUCAACGCAAUCUCCAUUUAUUACAAGCGGAAAUCGAGGCCCUUCGCCGUUUGAAGGACUGUCCCCACGUCGUGCAGAUUUACGAGGAUGAGGCCUUCGAAACGGAGCUUGCGAUUCAUAUCCUGUUAGAAUUCGCGCCGUAUGACCUGCGAGCGUUUUUGAAAUCAGAAGAAGGACAGAAUCUGUCACUUGUAGCGAUUCAAAUACUGUGGAUGGAUCUAGUGCAUGGCGUUGCGGCCAUUCACGAAGCAGGACUGGUGCACUUUGACUUGAAGCCUGCGAAUUGUCUGGUCGUGGAUGGUCGAGUGAAGCUGUCGGAUUUCGGUCUGGCGAGAACACUGGAUGCUACCAAAACGCACGUUUCGCGACACGGACAGUGCGGAACGCCGCGUUACAUGGCUCCAGAAGCGUUCUGGCAACCGGAGGAGGGAGUAGGCUCUAUGAAAAUGAGACCGCAAGCUGACAUUUGGUCUUUGGGCAUCAUUCUGUAUGAACUGCUGUACGGACGAAGUCCUUACAGACAUUUCGAGGGCUGUGGACAUCGCUUACAGUUUGCGAUAGCCGACUCUCGGGUGCAAAUACGUUAUCUCCAUCAUCGUAAAUACGAAGCAGAAAACGCACAACUAUUUUUUCAUUUGGUCGCUUUGACUCAGCACUGUUUGCAGCGUAAGUGGCAAAACCGAUGGUCCGCAGCACAAAUCUUGAAUCAUGAAACUUCUCAUAGUGAGAGUAACAAGCCU